AUGGCAGAGAUCGCGCGAAAUCACGACCCGGAAAGCAAGCGGCCGAUAGGGCCGAACUCCCUGGCGGCGGCGCCGAGGCUCCUCCGGCAGAAGGAGGAGGUGAGGCUGGCUGCCCUUGCUGUCGGCCUCCGCGCUCGGCUGAGGGCCGCCAACAUGCCCGCUGCCAUGCAGGAGCGCGCCCUCCGUCACGCCCGGGCCCUCCUCGACUGCCCCGCCGCCGGCCACCGGCCCAACCCCACCUUCCUCGCGCGCUCACUCAAAAAGGAAUUUGACUCGGUGUACGGGCCUGCUUGGCACUGCGUGGCCGGGAAGAGUUUUGGGUCGUUCGUGACUCACUCGCCCGGUGGGUUCGUGUAUUUCUCGGUUGACUCGCUUUUUUUCCUGCUUUUCAAGACUCAGGUUCAUGUCAUCACUCACCCAUCACCAAAACAUUGA